GCAGUGAGGCUGCGACCGAGCCCGGCUGCGGAUCGCACAGCCCCGGCGCGGCGCCCGCCCGCCCGGCUCCCAGCCCGCCCGCCCUCGCUCCCUCCAGCUCCUCGUCGCAGCGUCGCCCUCUCUCUCGCCCGGCCAGAUGAUGAACUUUCUGCGGCGCAGGCUCUCGGACAGCAGCUUCAUCGCCAACCUGCCUAAUGGCUACAUGACCGACCUGCAGCGGCCCGAGCCGCAGCAGCCGCCGCCGCCGCCUCCCUCGGCCUCCUCGGCCCCUGCCUCGGGCUCCCCGGCCGCGGAGCGCCGGCAGCCGCCGCAGUCGGCGCCCCCCCAGCAGCAGCAGCCGCCGCCGCAGCAGUCGGCGGGCAGCAGCUUCUUCAGCUCGCUCUCCAACGCCGUGAAGCAGACGGCGGCCUCGGCCGGUCUGGUGGAUCCGUCCUCCGCCGGCUCCUCGGCCGCCGGCAGAAAGUUCAAGCUGCUGCUGGUUAUCGACGAGCCGCACACGGACUGCUCCUAAAAUGCGUGUUGGGGUGAAGGUCCUUCAGGAGACUGACGACGAGCCCUCAGCCUUGCCUCAGCCUGUGAAUGUACGCGGCUGGGUUAAUUAACUCCGCGGGUUUAGUUUGGGGUGGGUGUUUUGCUUCCACUAUAAUCACACGGUACGUCAUUUACAAAACCAGAACUUGUAUGUCAACUCAUCUCUUCCCGUGCCUGAGUGCUACCAGAAAGAGAGGCUAUAGCUUUUUCAGACCCAUUUGUCACGUAUGACAUCCCUGAAUGUUGUGGUUAUAGGAAGGAUGCACGUUUAGCAAUCAUUCACUAUCUUAUUAAUCUGUAUUUACACAUCAAGCUGUGAAUCAUCUUGUUCGGUGUUGCCAAUUACAGUAUAUAGUGUCUUAAAGGUGCCUAAAAAUAAUACUGAGUAAAACAAGUAUGUUGUUAAAGCACUGACAUCAUCAGUAAUGGAUUGUGGGUCUCUGAUUUUAUUGUCAGCUUCUCAAAUUUGUAACCUUACUGUCUAGGCGGACUUAAACAUCUCUGAUUUGAUACAAUUUGCUUUAAAAUGGCACUUCAAUAAAAUACUUGAAACAGAAAUUAAAGCCUAAUAAAAAUGAUGUUAUCUAUAGCAAA